AUGGCGACCGACAAGAAAGUCACCGAGGUUACAACUGCAGAGCCUACCUCUUCGGACUCGUUUCAUUCAACAGACAACACAGUAAUGGACAAUGCAAAUGGAAAACGGCCGCCACCGUUGCUCGCUAAGCUGAUCGCCGUAUUUGUCAUUUCCUGCAUUAGUUUCGGGUCUCACUGGAGCAGCGGCGUUGUAGGAGCGAUGAAGAGUACUCUGAAAAAGCAAAUGCACAUCACGAAUACCCAAUUCUCGUUACUUGAAGCCAGUGAGAACUUUAUGGCUACCGUCCUUCUUCUACCGGGUGGUAUUGUGACCGACAGAGUAGGAGGUGCUCGCAUGAUUGUUUAUGGCAAUAUCGUGUAUACCAUUGGUUCCAUACUAGUGGCCGCUGCAACCACAGUUCGAUCCUUCAAGUUCAUGGUCGGCGGAAGGAUCAUCCUCUCCCUGGGUGACAUUGCUACCCAAACGGCACAGUACAAGAUGUUCUCGUCGUGGUUUCCUCCAAGCAAUGGAUUCGCCUCGACCCUUGGUUUUGAACUGGCAAUUGGCAAAAUUGGAGGGUUUGUAGGGAAGUCAACAGCAAACAUCAUCGCUAAGAAUACCGGUAAUUUCGCUUGGGUCUUUUGGACAUCCGUCUUCAUGAACCUUUUCACGAACGCAGCAACUUGCUUCUUCUGGCUGUUCAACCGUUAUUGCGAGAAACACUUCCGUGGUCGCGAAGACAAGGCAACCCAGGAAACUCUGACCGAAAAGAACAAGAAGUUCGAACUCCGCAAGAUGUUCCAAUUGCCGUGGAUGUUCUGGGCUAUUCUCGCCUUCUCAAUGUUCCAGACUAGCACAGCUAGUGUCUUCAGCUCGAACGCCACAGAGUUAGCUGAGAAGAGAUUCAAUGUCGAUGCAAUCACGGCGGGGUGGUACAGCUCUUUAGCCCAAUAUGCAGGUUUCUUCCUUGUACCCUGCUUGGGAGUUUUUAUUGACAUCCUAGGCCAUCGUGCCUCUGUUCUAUGCGUGUGCGGUUUGGGGAUCUUUGUCGCCAUGGUAUUGGUGAACUUCGCCGAGUCCAAACAAGGCACAGCCGCGGCAUUCGGUAUGUACGCGGUUGCGGUUUCACUGGGUCCAACAUCUAUCAUCGACGGCAUCCGUACCACUCUUUGGCAUCAGUCGGUCUUUGGCUCUGCGUACGCACUAAAGGUUACCAUGAACAACGCGAUGACGAUCAUCAUCGGCAUCAUUACAGGUGCACUUCAAGAUGCGGAUAAUGAUUCCUACCGUCGAUCCGUGCGGGUCUACCUCUUUCUGGCCAUCUGUUGCGCGAUUGUUUCGAUCGUCCUCCUGAUCGGUUCCAUUAUCGGUCGGGAUCUUGCUCCUCUGCAAUGGACCCGCAAGCGACGCAUGGCCUCCGGGGCUGAGUACAUCGGCAAGCUUCGGGAACAUCAUUUGGUGACACACUACCAGCACUUACCUGACAAGAUCGCCGGGGACACCUUGGUGCCAAUGCGUCUUCCGCCUGAAAUCAUUCAACUCAUUAUUGAGUCUAUCAUCCCUCCAGAUCCGCCGGUGGCGUAUCCCGACUUUUCAGGAGAAAUCGAUACCUUGGUCAACUUGACAUUGGUCUCGCGAUUUACUUGCCAGAUCGCAAGACGACUUCUCAUUAAUCACUGUCUUCUGAUUGACGAUGAUUUGUUAUUGGGGCAUCUGCUCGAAUGUGAGCCACCAGAACUUGUCAACCGAAGGCCAAAUGAUACGGGGGCACAAGUACAGAAAAGUACUGCAGCUGGCCUUGUACUGGUUUUGGAGGAGCCCGAUAGGCCCUCGGUUGCGCGAGAUAUUGAAACGCUCUCGUUUUACCUUUGUCACCGCUUGACCAGGCUGGUGAUUGAUCUACCCCUGCGCUUCUAUAACCCGUCAAUCCCCGAGUUGGAGGUGCGCCCCAUGCUACGCGAAGCGUUCAAGCGCUUGACACUACUAGAGGAAUUCUGUUCAGCUGCAGACGACCUUUGCCUUGAUACGCAAAAGCUACCCUACAUUUGGGAGACCCCUUCCGACCAGCUGGAGGAGGCGGAUUAUGAACCAGCGGUGUGGUCACUAUGGCCUCGUCUGCGCCGUCUUGCCCUGUGCGAAGUUGAUGUCACAUCCAUGCAAUUCAUUGGGGGGCUCCGCCGAUGUUCAAAUUUGACACACCUGGUCCUUGUUGCACCUUCUGGCUUGGAUCGCGAUGUUCGGUCUGGCUGGCAGUCAACUGACUUCUUGCCCUCACUUGAACGGCUCCUCAUUGCAGAUUCAGCGGAUGAGUUUGAGAUGGUUAAUGGCAAGGACCAUCUCGGGGAUGACAAAGGCUUUGUACGGCAACUUUUUCACUGCUACAAAUCACGAGAGUCGGGAAAGCAGAGAUACUAUUCCAAAGACGAGGAAAGUGUUGAGUUCGACUCGCUCGUCAAGAAAAUAGCUUUUCCCGUGCCAAACUAUCGUAAGGGAGAUGACGAUAUCAUCUGCCACGGAUGGCUACUCGAUGCCAGUAUAGACGGAACUAUCUGGACUGAACCAUAUGGUAUCGGUAGUCGAUAUAUGUUAGCAAGAAAUACAUAUACCACGUGA